AUGACGUCUGGGACAAGUCGAAAAUGCCAAAAUCCAGACCCUCCAAUUUCUCCAGAUUUCGUUGAGCUGACGCAGAAGGAAUUGAAGAGCGAAGACCAAAUUCAGAAAGUGGAACAAGACGAGGGUAAAAUGCAAAGCGCCGCAGUCGAUGCUCCGCUCCCCUCUAGUGGCACUCCCUUUUUUACCGGUCCAUCCUGCCAAUCUCUUGAUCAUGGCCAAGAAGCAAAGCGCGCCAUUGAUACAAUCCGAAAAUUCCUUGAUGAACGUGAAUCCUCCGGACGUACUUACCUGGAGAUCCCUUUAACCUACAAAGCUUACAACGUACUUAAGGAAAAGUACGAGGAAGUUUUCUUCGCAACCUUCUAA